AUGGCCGCCUUUCAGCAACCCCCUCCGCCACGCUCCCGCCCCCUUCGACCACGCACCACGCACCACGCACCACUCACCGCUUUCUGCCUCAGACAGCCAUCUCGUGCGCGCUUACAUCCUGGGUUCCCAGAAGGCUCCUCAAUCGCUCCACAACUCCUAAGAGGGGGACGCCGAAAAUGGCUCCUUCAGCACCACACCAGUUACAUCCCGGCCAGUACCCAGCCGCCAUGGCUAUAA